AUGAUGAACUUGUUUUUGCUCUGCGAAGACAUUUUAACCGAAUCAAACUCAAUCCUUCGCCAAAGCUAUAAAUAUGGCAUGGUCGAGUAUUCAACCAGUGGCUCUGCUUCACAAAGGAUAAACGGAACAAUUCAAUUGACUAAACCAGAAUACGCAUUCGACCAAGUUGAAAAGAAAUAUGAUUGGUGCUCCAAUUGUGGACGCCAUUCUAAGGAUCUUCCAUGGAUUACUUUCAGUAUUAAAAACUCAAAAAUGCAUAUCAACGGCUACUUCCUUAAAGCAGGAUGCUGUGGUGACAAAGAUGUUACAGAAUGCUGCUGCAUUGACGAAACUUAUUACUGCUGCUUCUGCUGCCUUUACAGCUGGAGUUUGCAGAUUUCGAACGACAACAUCACCUGGAAGACAGUUCAUAAGGUUGAAAAGGACUACGAUAUGAAAAUCGGAAAAGAGAAGGUCUACAAGUUCAGUGAGGCUCAUACAGCGAAAUACGUCAGAUUAAUUCAAGAUGAAGCCUGCCCAGGAGAACCUCCAUGCAUCGCCCUCAACAAGAUUGAAUUAAUCGGAACAAUUGACGGAAAUCCAUACGUUGACGAUCUUUCCGACCAAUUCGGAAGCGAUGAAGACGAUGUGAGCAUCAUUGGCCACAUUGCAAAGAACAAAGUAUAA